AAAUGGAAUUCUUUCAAAAUUGUUGUCUGUGCCGUGAAUGCCCUUGCCCACCAUGUGCUUCACAAGGACCUCAAGGACAUUGUCAGUGACUUCAGAGGCUUCUACAGGCAGCUCACCAGUGACGGGCAGCUCAGAUGGAUUGGUCCAGAGAAAGGGGUGGUGCACCUGGCAACAGCAGCCAUUCUGAACGCGGUGUGGGACCUGUGGGCGAAGCAGGAAGGAAAGCCUCUGUGGAAGUUACUUGUGGAUAUGGAUCCCAGGGCGUUGUUAUCCUGCAUUGAUUUUAGGUAUAUCACUGAUGUCCUGACUGAGGAGGAUGCCUAUGAAAUACUGAAGAAAGGUCAAAUUGGUAAAAAAGAAAGAGGGCAUUCGGAGAGGCUCUGUGCAGCAGCGCUGAAGGACGGCUGGACCAGGUUUAAAGUAAAGGUUGGGGCUGAUCUCCAGGAUGACAUGCGUCGAUGGUCUAGCAAACAAUGUCUCCUUGUUGGGAGUCACCCCUGCAGCAGAGUGAAGGCCCUUUCCUUACAGAUGAUGGAUGCCAACCAGCGCUGGGAUGUGCCUGAGGCAGUGGAGUGGAUGUCGAAGCUGGCUGAGUUCAAGCCAUUGUGGAUUGAAGAGCCAACAUCCCCUGAUGACAUCCUGGGGCACGCAGCCAUUUCCAAGGUGGGUAAACUGAUGCUUCUGCUGCAUUGGCCAUUUAUUUUUUUAUUUAGUUUUCCAGAAGGGUCAUUGAAAAUGCCAAAAUUUCUUUGCAUUUUCCCUUUUACAUUUCCUCAUGGAAUAUUUGAAAUAAUUGUAACAUGUGACAAGUAUGGGAGCUGCAGACUGUACUUCCAUUUGUUUGAGAAAGAAAGUUGCUGGAAGUUGAAAGGCUACCAGCCAUCUGAAGAGCACCUGAUUAUAUUUGACUACAUAUCAGUCUCUGCAAGCCUUAAAAACAGGAUGUGUGAAUAUGUGGACCAUCUGCAUGAACAUUUCAAGUAUCCUGUGGUAAUCAAGCAGGCUUCCUACAUGCCUCCCAAGGACGCUGGCUACUCAACAGAAAUGAAGGAGGACUCUGUAAGGAAACACCAAUAUCCAGAUGGCGAUGUCUGGAAGAAGCUCCUCGCUGCUCAAGAAAACUAAGUGUUCAUUUAGCCCUAACACCAUUUUUUCUUAAGUGAAAAGACUUAAAAUUUCCU